CCCCACCUUUCCUAUAAAAGGCUGAUUUCCACUCACCCUCGAUCCCAUUUCCCCAUUUCUUACAGCCAUGGACACCCAACGUGCUUACUCAUCCUACCGAAAACGUUUCGGGACUCUAGGAGGCUCCCCGUCCGUGGGGGCCACCAGCCGUCUCAGCUCGAGCCGCUUGUCUCUCCACGGCAGCCCACGGCACCACACCUCCAGCCCCAUGACCCUCUCCACCUCUCGCCUGUCCCUUGGCGGAGAGCGCCUGGACUUUCCAGCGGACUCCCUGCUGAAGGCCCAGUACCGAGAAACGCGCACCAAUGAGAAGGUGGAGAUGAUGGGGCUGAACGACCGCUUCGCCAGCUACAUCGAGAAAGUCCGCUUCCUGGAACAGCAGAACAAGAUGCUGGUGGCCGAGCUGAACCAGCUGAGGGGAAAAGAGCCGAGCCGCCUGGGCGACAUCUACCAGGAAGAGCUGAGGGAGCUUCGUAGGCAGGUGGACAGCCUCAAUGCUGGUAAAGCCAGAAUGGAGAUAGAAAGAGACAACUUGGCAUCUGACUUGGCCUCUGUUAAACAGAGACUGCACGAUGAAACUGCCCUGCGGCAAGACAUAGAAAAUAACCUCAACACCUUCAGACAAGAUGUGGAUGAAGCAGCUCUGAACCGCAUCCAGUUGGAGAGGAAGAUUGAAGCUUUGCAGGAUGAGAUCAAUUUUCUGAAGAAGGUCCAUGAGGAGGAGAUCAGAGAACUGCAGGAGCAGCUGAUGGCCCAACAGGUUCACGUGGAUUUGGAUGUAUCUAAACCAGACUUAACUGCAGCACUGAAGGAUAUCAGAGCUCAGUUUGAAGCCAUGGCCACCUCUAAUAUGCAGGAGACAGAGGAGUGGUAUCGAUCAAAGUUUGCUGAUCUGACCGAUGCGGCCAGUCGAAAUGCAGAGGCUCUAAGACAAGCCAAGCAAGAGGCCAAUGAGUAUCGUCGACAGGUUCAGAGCCUGACCUGUGACCUGGAGUCUCUCCGCGGGACUAAUGAGUCUCUGGAGCGCCAGCUGCGAGAGAUGGAGGAGCGUUUUGCCAUAGAAACGGCUGGUUACCAGGAUACUGUCGCCCGUCUGGAAGAUGAGAUUCAUAUGCUGAAAGAGGAGAUGGCCAGACACCUGCAGGAGUACCAGGACCUACUGAAUGUAAAACUGGCCCUGGACAUAGAGAUCGCCACCUAUAGGAAGCUGCUUGAAGGGGAGGAGAGCAGAAUAACUGUCCCGGUGCAGAACUUCACCAACUUACAGUUUAGAGAGACCAGCAUGGACACUAAGCUGACUCCAGAAGCACACGUGAAGAGGAGCAUAGUUGUGCGAACUGUUGAGACUCGUGAUGGAGAGAUCAUUAAAGAGUCCACUACUGAGCGCAAGGAUUUGCCAUAAUCAUUUUCAGGCAUUGGAUUGGCUGCUUCUGGAUGCUGUGAUCAAGACUCACCAUGAUCAAAUAUCAGCCUUUUUUAACCUUUCCCGUUUAUCCCUUACUAGUGUUUUGUUGCCUGCUUAGCAUACAAUACAAUACUUUGAAUUAGGGCAACUAUACUGUUUGCUUUGCUUUGCUUUAUCUUUUCUGUCUUUAUCUGUAUCUUUCUGGGUCUUAACAUGAGAGUAGACUAGUUUAUCUUUGAUUGUGCCAUUAAAAGUCAUGGUUGGACAGAUGAAUGUAGAGUGUAGUUAGUGGACAGAGUAAAGGAUGGGCGAGCACUUAGAGAACAGGUUUUGAAAUGUAUUGUAGUCUUAGAUGAGGAAGAGAAGAAUUGGAAAUGGCAGUGAAGAAGUAAGGGAGAAGGAAACGGUAAAAAAACAGGUGAUUGUUGAUUUGGUCAGUGGUGCAAUAUGAACAUUUUACCUGAAGUUUCUCACCACCUCACUGUGUAUAUACAUUGUUUUCACACAGUGGUUAAAGGACACAUUCGGUAUUUUACACUUAAAGUCCUGUUUUCAGAUUGUUUAU